UACAAGUGGCACCCUGCGUUAGCCCGAUCACGCCACAGGAAAGCAUUCUUCAUUUCAGUUCAAAUUACCAAAAGCUUCAGCUUGUAGUGACAAUUCCAAUGGCGGAGGAAGUGAUUUUGUUGGACUUUUGGCCGAGCCUGUACGGGAUGAGGGUCAGGAUUGCCCUGAGAGAGAAAGGCGUGGAGUUCGAUAUGAGGGAGGAGGAUCUGAGCAACAAGAGCCCCCUCCUCUUGAAGAUGAACCCGGUCCACAAGAAGAUACCUAUCCUCGUCCACAAUGGCAAGCCCGUUUGCGAGUCCCUCCUCAUCGUCCAGUACAUCGACGAGAGCUGGGUUCGCGAGUCUCCUCUCUUGCCUUCGGAUCCUUACGAGCGUGCCCGGGCCGGGUUCUGGGCCGAUUACGUGGACAAGAAGCUAAAUCCGGCGAUGCGAACGAUGUGGCUGUCGACAGGGGAGGCCCAAGAGGCGGGGAAGAGGGAUUUCAUUGAGUGCCUGAAGGUGUUGGAGGGAGAGCUCGGGGACAAGGCCUACUUUGGCGUGGAGAGGUUCGGGUACGUGGAUGUGUCGCUGAUACCGUUCUAUAGCUGGUUCUAUGCGUUGGACUUUGGCGUCGUGGAGGAGUGCCCCAAGCUGGUGGCAUGGGCCAAGCGGUGCAUGCAGAGGGAGAGCGUGGCCAAGUCGUUGCCCGACCAGCACAAGCUCCGUGACUUCCUCUUGGUGCGCCAGAAGAAGCUUCAGGCCAAAUAAAUAACUCUCUUGAGCUGAUCAUUGCUCAUUUCAUCACUCUUUCGUUCAAUAACCCCUUUUUAAUGGAUGAGGCUGAACUCUUUUGUACUUCUAUGAUUUCCCUUUAGUACUCUACUGUGGCUCUGGAUCAGCUAAAUAACUAUAUACACUAUCGCAUGAAUUCUGGUUUACUACUA